UCUUCGCGCGGUCUGCCAGGCGGGAAACGAGAUUACGGAUGUGACGAAACGAUGACGCGAAAUCCACAACGACGGGAGGAUCAUCUUCGCGCUGCGAACCGGCGGAUUCCGAGGAUGGUCUUCCAGAUCCUGUUAAUACAGAAUUUCGUUACGUUCAAAGCCGUAGCUCAGCAGAUAGCGGAAUGUCCGUCGUUUGAGAUCAUUCUCGACUGUCCCUGCUACAACUUCGAAGACGGUCUCUUUCUGGAGUGCGCCGGCGCCACGGAAGAGACUUUGAAAAAAACACUGGAAGGCGUGCUGUUCACAAAUGGCCCGGGCACGAUGGUGCAGUCGUUGAGCGUUUUCGAGCCGGACAAGAGCAUCGAGGAGCUGAAGGGGACCGCGUUCCCGCCCGGUUUGCAAAUCAGAAUCUUUCAGAUAUCCCAUUCCUCUCUGCGGGAAGUGAGCGAGAACGCCUUCGUGAAUCUGAAAGACAGUCUGGAGUCUCUGGCGCUGGUCUUCGGUCGUUUGCCCCACGUGCCUCAGAAGUCGUUAGCCGAUCUAAGGAAACUCGCCAAGCUGGAUCUCGAACAGAAUUUGAUACAGGAUCUGUCGUCUUACUGCUUUUACGGCCUGAAGCUAAUGAAACUGACUCUAAAGGGAAAUCAGAUAUCGAAAAUUUCCGAGUACGCGUUCGCCGGUCUCGAGGACAGUCUCAGCGAUCUGGAUCUUGCCGAAAACAAGCUCAAGCUGUUUCCUAUGGCUCCCCUGAGAAGGUUAGAGAGUCUGGCGUCGCUCCGACUAGCUUGGAACGAGAUAUCGGAACUGCCUGAUGACGGUUACAGCCUCCUCGGCUCCCUGUUGAUUCUCGACUUGAGCAGUAACAAUUUCGAGAAACUAGGCGAGGACUGCUUCCGACCGUGUCCCAUUCUUCACACACUAUCGCUUCACUACAACUCCAUCGAGAGCGUUCACAAGGACGCGUUCGCGUCGCUGAAGGAUCUCGAGUCGAUCGACCUGAGUCACAAUAAGAUAGUCUUCCUCGACGUGGCGACGUUCAAGGGAAACGAGCGUCUGCGCACGAUCGAGCUCAGUAAUAACCACAUUCACUACAUCGGCGGCGUGUUCACGAGGAUGCCCGAACUGCGGGAACUCUAUCUGGGGGAAAACAAUAUUCUUGAAAUCCCGGGAGACGCGUUCCUCGGCAGCGUCAGCCUCGCGGUGGUGUAUCUCGAGCAGAACGCCAUCCGUAGAAUCGACGCCAAGGGUCUCACGAGUCUCACGCAGCUCGUGCAAUUGCAUCUGAGUAACAACUACAUCGAGAGAGUGCCGCGGGAAUUUCUCGAGCACUGCGAGAACCUCUCGUCGCUGUCUCUGGACGGUAACAAGAUUCGCGAGUUGCAGCCGGGUACCUUCCUCAAACUGCAUCAGCUGCGCGAGCUGCGGCUGCAGGAUAAUCAUAUAAUGGAGGUGAAACGUGGCGUUUUCACACCGCUUCCGUCGCUUCUCGAACUUCAUUUGCAGAAUAACGCGAUUACCGGGAUUGAAACGGGCGCGUUGCGGACGCUCAACAGUUUGCAUCAUGUUAAUCUGCAGGGCAAUCAGCUGACCAUGCUCGGCGACGUCUUUCAGCUGUCCACAACGGAGUCGUCUUCCGACGGGAGCUCCUUGGUGUCCAUUCAGUUGGACAGCAACGGCCUGGCCGUGCUGCACAACGAUUCUCUGCGCGGCCAAGCGUCCGUCAGAAUCAUGUGGCUGAGUCACAACAAGCUAACGCAUCUGCAAGCGCCUCUCUUCAGAGAUCUUCUUCUGGUGGAACGUCUGUAUCUGACGAACAAUUCCAUAUCAAUGAUUGAGGACGGCGCCUUUCAGCCGAUGCAGGCUUUGAAGUUCCUCGAGCUCAGCAUGAACAAGCUCAGUCACGUGACCACGAAAACGUUUUCGGAUCUGCACGAGCUUGAGGAAUUGUACUUGCAGAACAACGGCCUGCAAAAACUCGACCCCUACGCGCUGACGGCUCUGAAGAAGUUGCAGGUGCUGGAUCUGGCGAAUAAUUGCCUCAACGUCCUGGAACACACGUUCUUCCAGGAGGACCUGCCGAUCAGAAAUCUGAACCUGAAGAACUGCUCAAUAAUUACGAUAGAAGACGGUGCCUUUCGCGGACUCAACAAUCUGUUCGAGCUCUAUUUGGACGACAAUCUUCUCACGGCGUCGGCGUUGCUACAUCUUCACGUUUCCGGUCUUCAGAAACUCACCGCGUCCGGAAAUAAUUUCAGUCAGAUCACGGAGCACAGUUUCAACGGGCUGCCGUCGCUGCAGGAUUUGUUUCUGGACGAUUCGCAAAUAAACCAAUUGCCGGAAUCGAUCUUCGUGCUGAAUCGGAACCUGGCGCGUCUGCAUUUGAAUCGGAAUUAUCUGCGCUCGCUGCCGCCUGGUAUUUUCGACAGAUUACUGUCGCUGCGGGAGAUAUGUCUGAAUCACAAUCGCUUCCAGGACAUUCCGUAUUCCGCGCUUGCGAACGCGCACAAUCUUGAAAUCCUCACGCUGUCCAACAACGAGAUCACAAACGUCGACGUGGCCAGUUUCUCCGGUCUCAAGCGCCUCGGCAUGCUGGAUCUGAGCCACAAUAAGAUCGAGACGAUGUCCGGCUUCGCGAUGGCCAAUUUGUCGCGUCUGAUAUCCGUGGAUCUUAGUCACAAUAAUCUGAACGCGCUGCCGGCGAACUUUUUCGCGCAUUCGUUCUCGUUGCGCAAAGUCGACCUGUCGGAAAAUAAAUUCCGACAAAUACCCGCGGUGGCUCUCUCGGGCACGAACCUGCCCGGUCUGACCUGGCUGAAUCUCACGCGAAAUCCGCUAAAUAGGAUUCACGAUCUACCGUCCGAGGCGAUGUAUCCCAUUCUCAAAGAAGUGCACAUAUCGGGCACCAACCUCAGCAUAGUGACCUCGCAGGACUUCGAGGCUUUCCCGGCGCUGCAACACCUCUAUCUGGGUCAGAAUCGUAUUAUGCGCGUAUCGCCCGGCGCGUUUCGCAGUCUGCCGAAUUUGCUCACCCUGCAUCUCGGCAUGAACAGUCUGGAAAUUCUGCCGAAGGAACGACUCCAGGGUAUGGAACAUCUGAGCGUUCUCAAUCUGACCCACAAUCGUCUGAAGGAACUCGAAGAAUUCCCGGAGGAUCUCAAGUCUCUGCAGAUACUGGACCUGUCGUACAAUCAGAUCGGCGUCGUCGGCAAGGUGACGUUCAAGAACCUAAUUAGCCUGAUCGAGCUGCAUCUCUACGGCAAUUGGAUCAACGCCAUCUCCAGCGAGGCGUUCAGACCCCUAAAGAAGCUACGACUACUCGACUUGAGUAGGAAUUACCUGGAGAAUCUGCCACUGAACGCUUUCCGGCCACUCGAGACGCAAAUAAGGAGUCUGCGGGCUGAAGAAAAUCCUUUACACUGCGGCUGCGAGUCGCAGGAAUUAUGGGAAUGGUUGAGAGAUCAUCAGAAAUUGGUGAGCGGGGUCGGCGGUGGUCGUAGCCGCGGAAGAAAUGGUGUCGGAGUCGGUGACGUCGAGGGCGGUUUGUUAAGAUGCGAGCAGCCACCCGAGCUCCGGGGUCUCGUCUUUCUCGAUCUUGACCCCCACGCUUUCUGUUCCGCUCCGCUGGUCUUGAAACUCGCAAUUCAGGACAUUCAGCCCUUUUCCGUUCUGGUAUCGUGGCAGAGCAGAAAUCAUUCUGGCCUUUACGGCUACCAAGUGGCGUAUCACGCCUUGGACAACGUCGACGAGGUACGUGCCAAGCUGCUGGACCCGAAGGCACGUUCGGUGAGAUUGACGAAGCUGGCGUCUGAUACGCGCUACCUGAUCUGCGUGCUCGGUUUGGGCAGUUGGGGCACGCCAAUCCCGGAGGACAUCGGUUCCUGGCAGUGGAACGCGUCGCACGACGACGUGAUCGAGGGAUCUUCGUUGCCGGUGAUGGUGAACUCGCCCACGAGCCGCUGCACCGAGGUUCGCACUUUGGACGCGCCAGACUCGAUAGUGGGCGACGGCACAGUGAGCGAUCGAGGCGGCAUCGCGAGCAUCCUGACGAGACGACUCGGCCUGAUUGUGGGCAGCUGCAUGGGCUUCGUCGUGUUUGUGGUGCUGAUCUCCGUACUCGGCUACAUGAAGAUGAAGAAACAGCGGGCGACGAUCAAGCGGGAUCAGCCGCUUUCGUCGAAUCCGCCCGAAUACAUGUCGUAUAGACACUUCUCGUUGCAGAGCGGCGAUCGGGCGGAGAACACCUGUCCGAGCUUCAUCAGCAAUCUCGGUCCGCCACCUCUCAGCUCGUAGCAGAAGGGGAAAGAGUCUCGCAAAGAGGCUGACAUCGAGCUGAAGACCGUGUCGACUUGCACCAACAUUUACAGCUAAUAAUUGCGCGCGCGAUGCGACGACGCUUAACGUUUCCCGGUCGGGAGAGAACGUCGUCCCCGUCGGGAACGAGACGACGGCCGUGAGUGUAUGUGUGUGUGAUAUCGAAUCUUCGAGCUCUUGCAGCGCGCGAACGAUGCGUGAUGACCGUGAUGUAACUGUGUGUAUUCCGCGGUCGUCACGAGACGAUGUGAUUUUUCUUUAAAAAAAAACGCCGCGAAACGCGCGAUCUAUACAAGAUGUGAAACUUGUACGUGAGCAAACCGAUCGAAAUCGAAACGGCGAUAAAAUCAAAAGAAAAAAGUGUUUUGAUCAUCAGCAACGCGUUUCAACGCGAAGGUUCUUUUAUACUGCCUCGUCGAGCGUGAUCACUCAAUGUCAUCACUCUCGCGAUUCUGCUCAUCUUGUGUACGAAGGGGAGAAGUGCAACGCAGCAAAGUGCCAAAAAAAAGAAGAGAAAAAAAAACGCGUCCUCUGAAUGUACAAUCUCGUCAUCAGCUGCGCGAGUGCGAACGCGCGCGCGACUUCCGCUGUGCUGUGUUAGAAGCGACGUCUUCCGAGCGUCGUCUGCGCGCGCGAGACUUAAUCUCGUUAUUGUACAUCGACGCGAGAAGCGUCAGCGCGCGACUUCAGGCACGUCACGGUGUUUAAAGAAGCUUGUGCCAAAAGAGCCGGAGAGCGCGCUUCUCGUGCGCGAAAUCUGUGCGGACUUUCUUGCGAGAAAAAUCAAACACGCGCGUUGCGCGCGCGCGCGUGUGUGUGUGUGUGAGUGCGCGCGCGAUAAAUUAGCAUUUUGACGGGAGAAUUUUAUCGAGGAAUUCUUCACGAAAUCUUUUCUCUGUUCUUUUUUUUUUUUUGUUUUUUUUUUUUUAUACAAAGUAACGCAGCACACAAAAAAACAAACCGGCGCGAAUACACUUCAGGUGCUUUACGAAACAAAAAAAAAAAUUAAAAAUCCGAGCAACGACGUAUCGAACCCUCUCUUUCGAAACUUCGAAUCUCUCAUACGAAGACUGAUUUUUUUAAACCACUUUUUUGAAGUUUUCUUCGCGCAAUUCCGGAGGAACUCGUCUGUGCGUGUGCGUGUGUGUGUAUGUGUGUAACACGUUUUUUUGUAAAUAUAACGCGAAGCCACGUGACGACGUCCGUGCAGGUGUGUAUUCGUGAAAUUCAUCUCUGUAGUGCUGCGCAAGCAAUAUUACACUUAUUCGUAACGAUAGUUCUAACGAUCAGCACUAACUAAAACGAAAGAAAGAAACCGCGCGCAAAGGGCUCGUCACGUCGAGAAAUGUGAAUCCUUGAAACAUCGGGACGAAAGAAAGAAAUGUUGCGAGAGAACGGAUCGUGAUCUUAGCCUUGUAGAUUUUGAUAAUAUCACGUGAUAAGAGGCAGACGUGUGUGAAUCCGUGAGGAACAUUCGAACCGAAGCUCACAUUCGAAAUUUUUGAAUUGCGACAAACUAAGUGUGAUUCCUGCCAAAAAAAAAACAAAAAAAAAAACAAAAAAAAAACAAAAUGAAGUAAUCGAUUCCAAUCGUUGCCAAAUGUUAACUGUGUAUCGAAUGUCGUGAAAAAAAAAUCGGUUUAUUGUGUAUAUAGAUAGAAGAUAUAUAUAUAUAUAUAUAUAUGUAUACACAUAG